AUUGUGCUUUCACAACUCAUGAUUACCUAUUAGUUUUCUGACUCGCUCUGACCACAAAAGCACAUGUCAGAGUACAGCUUUAUUUCUUUUGAGAAUUUUAUUGUCUGAGUGUGAUGGGUAUUUAUUUCGAUUCUUUCGUGACGUAUGUGUUAAUGAAUUACUCAUUCCUCUGAUGUAAUUUGAUAGUGCUUUGGAAGAUUUUUACUUCGUCGCUGAUGUGUUGGUGACUUGGCGGUUUCUGUUAGUUUGUCAUUUCCUUCGGAACAAUACAGUUAUGGCUAUCAUCGAGGGAAGAGAAAGUAGUAAUUUGGUAUCACUGUUGUGCACUAUUCGAAGGAUAUUAGUAUCAGCGUUGUCAGAUGUAGAUAAAGAGAGAUUAAUUGAAAACACUUUUAUGAAUUACUCACAAUUAAACAUUCAAGAGUGUGUGGAGCUUGUAGCUCUUGCUUUCAGUAUGAUUUUGUCAGAUAAUAUGGAAGGCAAAAAUUCUGCUGGUUGGUGCAUCCUUAGAAGUCUUGAACAUUCUCAACAGUCCAUUCUGGCAGAUGUAAUAGAUGUCUCAGUUGUUGAAAGUUUAUUUACAGACUAUUUUAAUUCUCCCAAUGUUGGUGAAGUUCCAUCGCUUGUCAGUUGGUGUUUGAAAAAUGGAGUAACUCCUGUUCUGGAACCAAUUGUGAGAGAGCAUGUGGUAGAAUUUUCGCGGCAUGCUCAUUGCAGAAAUUCUCUUGCUGGGUCUGAUUUAUUGAGUUCCAUGGCAGUUAUGCUAGAGAACCACUUGGCCUGCAUUCCUAGUGGGCCUGUGCAGUUAACUGAACUGUGUCAAGCAAUGAUCAGAAAAUUAGCCACUCUUGAAAUGCCUAGGGAUAGUGCUGGUGUAGCUCUCUUUAUAAGUAAUAUACGAAACGUUGAAAAAUUGCUCAAAGUCAUUGCUGAUCACACUUCAGAUCGUCGGCAGCUCUCUGCUAUGUACCUUAGAAUCCUGUAUGCUACUGUGUCAGAUUCUGUUAAAUAUCCUGACCCAAGUCCUGCUCUUGCAACAAUAUUACAAGUUGUUGAUGUGGACAUAAUCAAUGGUUCUGUACAAAGUAUUCUGUCAGAUCAGUCAGAUAAUGAAAGUAUUAUUCGCCUUAUGACAAUGCUUUGUGGUUGGCUAGUCAAGUGGCCUCGAGCAAAUCAUGUGAAUCGUUGGAUUCUCUCCCUGAUAUCAAAACUAGAAGAAGAAAAUCGUACUGAUAUUUUACAAGCUGUAGUAGAAUUGAAUAUAGAAUCUCUCUUUAAUGCAUUGUUAUUACCGACAAUGAGACCAGGUGUCCUUCCUGUUGUGCUGCGGUUGUUACCUGUGCAUUGUGCAUCUGCGGAGGUUUUUCACAAAAUAGUACCUCGAAUACCUAUAGUCAUUCUACAACUAAGAAGGGAAAAAAAUAAUCCAGUAAGCUGUGAUGACCUACGUGCAGUUCUCAAUAUCACUGCACAGUGCAUGCAUGUGUUCCCUGGCCAUCGUCAACUAUAUGAGCCUGUUAUAAGAGUUCAUGAGGUCGCUGCGGUCCAGGCAUGUUGGCAAGAUAAAAGUUUCGCAGGGAGCCCAACAUCCAAUGCAAUGUCUUCCUUGUGGCGAUUGUCGCCUCCUCCACCUGCAGCACGAUGCGGUUUACACAAUUUGGGCAACACGUGUUAUAUGAACAGUGUUCUUCAAGCCCUCUUCAUGACUCACAAAUUUUGUACUGCUGUUCUUGACAGUGAAAUGUCUGAUAGAUACCAACCUGUGUUAUGUGGACUUCAAAGGUUAUUUGCCCUCUUGCUGCAUUCACGACGGCCAGCGAUAUCUGCUGAAGAUUUGCUUAACUUGACCAGGCCUCCAGGAUUUUCUCCGGGUCAUCAGCAAGAUAGUUCAGAAUUCUUGAUAUAUCUCCUGGAUGUUUUACAUGAGCAAGAAAAAAAUUUACGAAACCAAAAGGGUUCUGAAAAAGAAAAUGCAGAUCAGGGUCAUUCUUCCUCCUCUUCUGCUCAGGAUGAUGGUCCAUCUGCUUCAUCAGAAAUUGUAAUGUGA